AGCUCCCCUAAGCCACCGACUUCCUCUUCCUUUGAAAACCGGUAAAAAGGCUUGAAAACUCUCCUUCUUUCUUGUUCAAUCACAAGAUUUGGGGCUUAGAACUCUCCCCCUCAACCCAGAAAUCCCGGAUCUGCUCUGCUUCUUCCUCCCUUGUCCGUCGGUUUCUGCUAUGUGGGUUGGAAUUUCUGGGCUUUUUCGGGCCCGUGAGUUUCCCCUGCACUUGCCGCCGGCCUUCCCCCAAACUACAGUCCGGUUUUGCUUGUUAAAUUCUGGUUUUGAUCGUUCUAUCACCGUAGCACUUGGGUUAAGCCUUCUGUUUGGUGCGAGUGAGGUAAGUAAAUUUAUGGUAAAGCCCUUUGAUUUUAAAGCAUAUUUUAAACUAUUUUUGAGAUGGUGGCAAGGUUUAAAUUGAUUUUAAAUUGAUUUUAUCAGCAUCUGAGUGUGAUUAAACUGAAAUGAAAAUUUGGAUGAUUUUCAUGAGAAUUUCCUUGUUUUUCUGAAAUUGAGCAUGAUUGGAAUGAAAAUGAGGAUUUUAUUGAUUUUCUGGAAUUGAGCAUAAUUGAAAUGAAAAUGAGAAUUUCAUUGUUUUUCUGGAGUUGAACAUGCUUAUUUGGAAAUUGACUGAACUGCUUUGAUGAAUUGAGAAUUUUGUAAAUGUUGAGUUUUCUGUUAAAUCCAUGCCCACAUGGAAAUUUUUCGGUUUGUUCUGAAAUUCAGGAUUGAUUGUGAAAUUUGGUUUUCUGUAAAUUCUGCAUGGUUUUGUCUUUGAUAUAGUCAUGAUUACUGACGCCCGCUAGUGGAAGAUGCAAACGCUAGCACAUGUCGACAUGUAUUUUUGUAGAACCGGUUCAUCCUACCAAUGGGAUAAUACAUUGGUAAUUACUGACGCCUGCUAGCGGGAGUUGUUAAACACUGGUACUACUGACGCCUGCCAAUGGGCGAAUACAUUGGUAAUUACUGAUGCCUGCCAGUGGGAGUUGUAAACACUUGUACCAUUACUGUCGCCUGCCAAUGGAAGUUGUUAAACACUGGUACUACUAUUGUGCCCGCCAGUGGGAGGUUUAUAAACGCUGGCCAUGACUUAUAGAUGAGACUACUGAAUUGAAUUUUCUUCUGCAUUAACGGUUUGUCAUGAAACGUUUUGUUAUUGAACUAAAUCUGAUUUUGCAUUGACGGUUUGUCACUGAAUGUUUUGCAAUUAAACUGAAUCUGAUUUUGUCGUUGAGCGUUUUGUUAUGUUAAACUGUUUAUCUGGCAUGUUUAAAAGUUUUACCCAAGGGCUAUCCAUAUUUACUUACUGAGUUAUCUCAUAAUUUUCCUUGUCCACCAUUUCAAGAAGCAAAACCGAGGACGGGGAAACCAAGGGGAAUGACGAGUUAGAAGGUUAGCC